AUGCGUCUUUUAGUGCGAUUUGCACUAGCAAUUCUUAUUUGCUUAUUACUCAUUGCCGCUUAUGAAUAUUUGAAUAUACGUCAACGUGUCAUUUCACGUAAUGAUCCAACGACAGACGCAGAUGAAGUAGUCCGUAUUUUGCUUAUGUCGGACGAUCCGGCAUCUAGCUGGGAAACAAACGUAAAUGUCACUUUCAACGUGAUCGUUGUACUAAUUAUUUCAUUGCUCAGUAUUGCCUUACUUGUUACGGUAAUUGGUAGCGAAAGCUGUAAUAUGGAUGAGACAACAAUUGGUUUGCAGCAGGAACAAACGAUUUGUGCAUCGCAAUUUUUAUCUUCAACGGAUCGCUUGCUGCCACCGAUAGACUUUGACAUUGCUUACCACUGA